UAAAUCAUGUGCGGAGAAUGUAUUAGGCUCCUCUUCGAAAGGCUAUUGAGAAUUUGAAACCUCAGAGAGCUUAUUUGUUUUUUCUUUCUUUCUUUCUUCACCCUACGCUUUUUCUGUUUCUGGCGAUUGGCUAGCCGUAGAAUUACGCAACGACACCAUGGAUUGAUUGUCUUGGUGGAAUCGAGCUUACUUACCGGCGAGAUCUGAUAUGCUACUCUGAAGAGUGAAAGGGGUAUCCUUCAAUUUUGAUGGGGUCAAUUUAAUUCAAACUUAAUUGACUUCAAGGUUUAGUUUUCAUGGAGGAGCCUGUGAGCUCGGAUUGUGUGGCAAAAGAUAAAAAGUCUCCUGGCUGUUUGAUUAUCAGGAAAAAAGACUGUGAAGUGGGAGGUACUCGAAGGGGUACGAUAGGCUCGUCAGAGUCUUUGCAGAAGAACCAAAAGAAGAGACCCAGGGUUAUCACACACGAUUCAGGUUCGGGUGAUGAGUUGCUAGAAUCUUGUAAGAGGAAAAGUGAUGAACUUAAGAGCCCCGUAACAUACAGGAGAAGGGCUGAGGGGAAUAAUAACAAUACCCGAAGUAAUGGGAAACGGAGUAGGUUAGAUUUAUUCGACUUUGAUGAGUAUGAUGAAUUUGAUCAGACAGCUGUGAGGAAUAGAAAUGGAGAUGGGAUGGAAGGAGGAACAGGGAGCUCUCGGGAAUUCAAAAAAGGGUCUAGUGGGGUAAAGGUUGCGGAAAAGAUGAAGUUGAAUUUGGAUAGUUCAGCCAAUGCUUUGGGAAACAAAAAUAAGGAUUUUAACCGUACAGGUAAGAGAAGAAUUGUUGCAGAGGAAGAUGAUGCAGAUUUUCCCAUCUCCAUGCUGAAGUCGAAGCAUAAAAAAUCGCCAAAGGAAUCCAUCAGGUUGCAGGGGAAAAAUGGGGUAUUGAAGGUAAUGGUGAACACAAAGGCGGAGUUGUCACAUAAAAAGUAUGAUUGUCAUGAUUCUGGGAGUAGGGAACACACAACGUCUAAGAACCUCAUCAAGAAGAAGCUAGAAGUUCAACCUAAAAUUUGCUUGGGUUCUGAAAAGCGACAUUUGUCUCUUCAAAGGGAGAAGAGUAAGAUGAAAUCCUGUAAAGUAUUGGUGAAUGAAAAUACUCCAGCCAGUGAUUCCGAAACAGAUGGGGAUGGUCAAUCAUCUAAGGUGGCUCCAACAACUACACCAGCUUGUAACUCAUUGAAUAUAGUUAAAAAGGAAGAAAAUAAAAUUUCAACGGACAAAAUAAUUCCUCCCACUAAUAAACAAGGAAAAACUAGAGGCGGUGCAAGCACUGAGAAACAACAACUGCGUGAAAAAAUUAGGGGAAUUUUGAUGGAUGCUGGCUGGACUAUUGAUUAUAGACCAAGGCGGAACAGAGAUUACAUAGACUCAGUCUAUAUAAGUCCUUCUGGAACAGGCUAUUGGUCAAUAGUUAAGGCUUAUGAUGCUUUUUUGAAAAAGUUGGAGGAGGAUGGUGGUGCAAAGAAAUCUGCAGCUCCUUUUUCUCCUAUAUCGGAAGAUAUAAACAAGCUAACGAGGCAAACCAGAAAGAGAAUUGAAAGAGACUUGAAAAAAAAGAAAAAAGAUCACAGUUCCAGUAAGGAUAAAAAGAAGACUUCUGGAAAAGAGUCUGCAGAAGGUACAGACAGUGAUCAGCAUGAUGAGCGGCUCAGUAGCUACAUAAAGAAGAGUGGUAAGUCGCUAAAAGGAAAGCUUCAUUCAAGACAUCAAAGGAAUGAGUUUGAUACACACAAAAUUGUCUCGAUCUCAGAAGCUGGGAGACUCAAGGACAUGAUUGGAAAGUCCUCUGUAUCACCUGCUGGCAGUUCAGUCCAGGGAAGAAAAAGUAAAAUAACUGGAAGAUGUACUUUGUUGGUCCGUGGUUCCGAUAAUGGAAAAAAUUCAGAAAGUGAUGGGUAUAUUCCUUAUUCUGGGAAAAGAACAUUAUUGGCAUGGAUGAUAGACUCGGGGACAGUCAAACUUAGUGAAAAGGUCCAGUAUAUGAACCGUAGAAAAACACGUACAAAGCUAGAAGGCUGGAUCACACGAGAUGGCAUUCACUGUGGCUGCUGUAGUAAAAUCCUUACUGUGUCUAAGUUUGAGCUCCAUGCAGGGAGCAAACUGCGCCAACCAUUUCAAAACAUAGUGUUGGAAUGUGGAGCUUCUCUGUUGCAGUGCCUUACAGAUGCAUGGAAUAGACAGGUUGAGUCAGAACGUCAGGGUUUCUGUUCAGUAGACAUUGAUGGUGAUGAUCCAAAUGAUGAUACUUGUGGUAUAUGCGGUGAUGGAGGGGAUCUGAUCUGCUGUGAUGGAUGUCCAUCAACUUUCCAUCAGAGCUGUAUGGGAAUAAUGGUACUU